AUGUCUGACACUGCACUUUCACGUCAUAUCACCCAAGCUACAAUCGGUAAUCCAUCUUCGGAGAACGACUUCAACUCUGAGCUGUUACAAGAUCCGUAUCAUGUGCUUGUACCAUCCGCGCUCACUUAUAUCACUCAGACUCAACGCGAUAUCGAGGCUUAUGGGGAAAAUAAUCCCCAUUUCCCAGCUGGCCAAAGCAGCACUGCGUUAUCUGGUAAUCCUUCAACCAUUAAAAUAGCUUUUAGAGGGGAUGAAAACAACGGUACUCGAAACGCAGGUUAUAUCGAAUCUCUUUCUGAACUCUCGCCUUGUUUCGAAAAAUCAUAUCGAAAGCGAUUGACUCGGAAAGAUUUCGAAUCUGCCAUAGUUCAAGCUAGGUCACAAGGUGGAACACCACCAAAGAACAUGACGGAAGCGAUCUUGAAACCUCGUGUAUACAUGGACAUCUCAGCACCUGUCACUUCAUUGUUUGACACUGUGAAUGAUGAUGGCUCUACGCGUAAAGUUGAUGCUUACAGUGCAAGACAAUUCCAAUUUCGUCAUUUAAUUAAAGAAGAUUCUUGCACGAAAUUGAUAGGCGAUGACAUUUUCUCUAAAAUUGAAUCGCUUGACAUCCAAGUCCGCCCCCGUCAAUGGAACGGUCUGUCAGUUGGUACAGAAUAUGAACGCCAAUCAGUGGACUCUCAAUCCGGCAUUUCGAAACCAGGAGGGAUUACUCUCAAGCAAUCUUCGAACGAUCCCACCGAUUUCUAUUUCACAGGUGAACUUUCUAAGGAAUAUGGGUGUAACAUUAUUUGUACCUUUGACAGCAAGUCAACCGAAUUUAAAUCUGAUCUCAAUAUAGCCCAGAGACUGGCAGCGAGAUUGAAGCUCAAAUCAGCAUUAAAGAAUAUACAUGAAGUAGACACAGAUCGUAAUAUUGGCUUGAAAUUGAGGUACGAUAGCCAAACUGAAUCCAAGUAA